UGAUCGUUAAGUAAUUGUCAAGAAUUGGCAAUUAUGCAAAUCAUCAUCGGAUAAUAUGCAAGACUCCAUUACCGAAGUGGUGGUGGGAUUGCAGAUGAAUAAUCACAAGAAUGUUUUAAAACUCUUGGGUUGCUGCUUAGAGACCCCAGCCCCUACAUUAGUAUUCAAAUUUGCAGAGAAUGGUUGUCUUUCUGAUCACAUAUACGAGAAGGAGGAGGAAUUGUCGUGGAAGAGCAGGUUAAGGAUUGCAAUAGAGGUAGCAGACGCCAUAUCCUAUCUCCACACAGGUACUUCCAGGCCCAUCAUCCAUCGCAACAUCAAACCCAGUAAUAUUUUCUUAGAUAAACACUUUGGUGCCAAACUAACCGAGUUUGGGUACUCUGUAUCCAUUCCUCCGGGUGAAACAUAUGUGGAAACGUUAGCACUGGGGACUCUUGGAUACCUUGAUCCUGUGUAUUUGGAGACCAGCAAAUGUACGGUGAAGAGCGAUGUAUUUAGCUUUGCGCUGGUAUUGUUUGAGAUUUUGGAUCAUUCGGAUGAUGAUGAUGACGAUUAUACGUAUGGUGCUGCUGGUAUUUGGAGGUACUUCACAGUACAAAUCUUGAAAGAAGGAAACGAUUACGAGCAGAAAAUGGCAUGUGCAGAGCUUGCACGGAGAUGUAUGGCACGCAAUCCAGAGGAAAGGCCAACAAUGGUGGAAGUAGCAUAUGAGCUCAGGCGAAUCCAAAAAGGGAUAACAAAGCUUUUUCCAACUCCAUUGACCUUUGAUUAUUGA